AUGGUCUCCUGCUCAUCUCCGAAACACACAUCCAGAACUCUACUGUCCAUUGGCUCAGCCCCACCCGCCCCAGAGACUACACCACCCCAACACCACCCACACCCGCCCCAGAGACUACACCACCCCAACACCACCCACACCCGCCCCAGAGACUACACCACCCCAACACCACCCACACCCGCCCCAGAGACUGCACCACCCCAACACCACCCACACCCGCCCCAGAGACUACACCACCCCAACACCACCCACACCCGCCCCAGAGACUACACCACCCCAACACCACCCACACCCGCCCCAGAGACUGCACCACCCCAACACCACCCACACCCGCCCCAGAGACUACACCACCCCAACACCACCCACACCCGCCCCAGAGACUACACCACCCCAACACCACCCACACCCGCCCCAGAGACUGCACCACCCCAACACCACCCACACCCGCCCCAGAGACUGCACCACCCCAACACCACCCACACCCGCCCCAGAGACUACACCACCCCAACACCACCCACACCCGCCCCAGAGACUACACCACCCCAACACCACCCACACCCGCCCCAGAGACUGCACCACCCCAACACCACCCACACCCGCCCCAGAGACUGCACCACCCCAACACCACCCACACCCGCCCCAGAGACUACACCACCCCAACACCACCCACACCCGCCCCAGAGACUACACCACCCCAACACCACCCACACCCGCCCCAGAGACUGCACCACCCCAACACCACCCACACCCGCCCCAGAGACUACACCACCCCAACACCACCCACACCCGCCCCAGAGACUGCACCACCCCAACACCACCCACACCCGCCCCAGAGACUGCACCACCCCAACACCACCCACACCCGCCCCAGAGACUACACCACCCCAACACCACCCACACCCGCCCCAGAGACUACACCACCCCAACACCACCCACACCCGCCCCAGAGACUACACCACCCCAACACCACCCACACCCGCCCCAGAGACUACACCACCCCAACACCACCCACACCCGCCCCAGAGACUACACCACCCCAACACCACCCACACCCGCCCCAGAGACUACACCACCCCAACACCACCCACACCCGCCCCAGAGACUACACCACCCCAACACCACCCACACCCGCUCCAGAGACUACACCACCCCAACCCGCCCCAGAGACUACACCACCCCAACACCACCCACACCCGCCCCAGAGACUACACCACCCCAACACCACCCACACCCGCCCCAGAGACUGCACCACCCCAACACCACCCACACCCGCCCCAGAGACUACACCACCCCAACACCACCCACACCCGCCCCAGAGACUACACCACCCCAACACCACCCACACCCGCCCCAGAGACUACACCACCCCAACACCACCCACACCCGCCCCAGAGACUACACCACCCCAACACCACCCACACCCGCCCCAGAGACUGCACCACCCCAACACCACCCACACCCGCCCCAGAGACUACACCACCCCAACACCACCCACACCCGCCCCAGAGACUGCACCACCCCAACACCACCCACACCCGCCCCAGAGACUGCACCACCCCAACACCACCCACACCCGCCCCAGAGACUACACCACCCCAACACCACCCACACCCGCCCCAGAGACUACACCACCCCAACACCACCCACACCCGCCCCAGAGACUACACCACCCCAACACCACCCACACCCGCCCCAGAGACUACACCACCCCAACACCACCCACACCCGCCCCAGAGACUACACCACCCCAACACCACCCACACCCGCCCCAGAGACUACACCACCCCAACACCACCCACACCCGCCCCAGAGACUACACCACCCCAACACCACCCACACCCGCUCCAGAGACUACACCACCCCAACCCGCCCCAGAGACUACACCACCCCAACACCACCCACACCCGCCCCAGAGACUACACCACCCCAACACCACCCACACCCGCUCCAGUGACCACACCACCCCAACACCACCCACACCCGCCCCAGAGACUACACCACCCCAACACCACCCACACCCGCCCCAGAGACUACACCACCCCAACACCACCCACACCCGCUCCAGUGACCACACCACCCCAACACCACCCACACCCGCUCCAGAGACUACACCACCCCAACACCCACCCACACCCGCCCCAGAGACUACACCACCCACACCCGCCCCAGAGACUACACCACCCACACCCGCCCCAGAGACUACACCCCCAACACCACCCACACCCGCCCCAGAGACUACACCACCCCAACACCACCCACACCCGCCCCAGAGACUACACCACCCCAACACCACCCACACCCGCCCCAGAGACUACACCACCCACACCCGCCCCAGAGACUACACCACCCCAACACCACCCACACCCGCCCCAGAGACUACAUCACCCCAACACCACCCACACCCGCUCCAGAGACUACACCACUGGAGUGGUGUUGGUUGGUGACCAACACCACCCACACCAACACCACCCACACCCGCCCCAGAGACUACACCACCCCAACACCACCCACACCCGCCCCAGAGACUACACCACCCCAACACCACCCACACCCGCUCCAGUGACCACACCACCCACCACCACCCCACACCCGCUCCAGUGA